AUGGCAGGCGCCGAUUCUGCUCGGUCAAGUCAUUCAAAUGUUCAGAAGACGGAAAAGAACGAGGAUUAUUCAGUUAAGCCGGGCGACCUUCCCAGUCAAUCCAAAGAAACAAUCCCCAAACACGACCAGAUUGUCGUCCGCAUGAGCAAAUUGAUUCAAACCACUGCUGGUCUAGGCGCAGUUCUCGCAACCAUCAAUUUCUCGGCCAAUCUUGCGACGUAUCUCUCUGUACGAUCGUCAACGCAAUCCGACCUCGUUUAUCGAUUUCUAUGGCGCACACGAUCGAAGCGGUCGCCCAGUGUGCUCACUAAAGCGCUUUCAAUCUCGUCAAUUCUCACACCUCUCAGCUCGCUUAUUUCGGAUUGGCGUAAGACUCAGCGCCUUACAGGUCUUAUUCCCCUGUAUGUCAGGCUCAAGUUCCUGACAUCAAGGAAAACCCUCAGGGAGAUGGACCCCAUUCUUCAUCGCCUGGUACUUCUUCAAUGCAAUGCCUACAUUGUAUUUCAAGCCAUCGAGAAUAUCUGCCACUUACAGGGAAAAGGGAUAUUACCUUCGUCCAUGAUCGAAAAAAGAGGUGGGAUGGCCAAAUGGAUAGCGUGGAGUUGCCGCGCCUGGUGUGUAGGCGUGGUAAGCGAUUUCUUCCGGCUGUGGCGUGAGGCCGAGAUCGAAAAGAAGAAGCGUGGAAGGAAGACGGCUCAGGAGCAGGCAGAUUUCAAUCGAAAGUGGUGGAAUGAACUUAUGGUCGCUGCGUGCUGGUUGCCUGUUGCCGUCCACAGCAGUUUUUACCCUAAGGGCAUUCGGGGCAUGAAUGCAGGUAUAGUUUCCCUUUUGAGUCUUAUAGCUAGUUUGAACAGCUUUAGGAAUCAAUGGCGAACUACGGGUUAA